AUGCCCUCCGUGGCUAACGAGACCUUCGAUUUGCCUCUUGCAAAGAGGCAAAAGCGGUCUGAAAAUCAACCUGAUCCUCGCCUCCAACAUGGAUCCAAGAUCUUCUCUCCUUUCCGGACGUUAGGUCUUGUGUCCCCGACCGCGGUCCCAUUCACCAGUAUCCGUCUAGGGAAAUCCACCUUCCAAAUCACCACCUCCGUGGGUCAUUCGCUUCAAACAUAUGACUUACGCCGUGGCCUGAAUCUGGUCUUUCUGAGCCGGCCGCAAACGCCAGGUUUGAUCACGGCAACUUGUGCAUGGCAGGAUCGAGUUUUCGCUGCUUGGGGUCACCCUCGGCCAGGAGCACCAGGUGGGGUGUGGGUGUUCAAGCGUGGAAAGAAACUGGCAUCUCUCGAAGACCCUCCGGCGCUCAAUGAGCCCAUCCAGAAAUUGGUUGUGUUAGGAUCGUGGGUGGUCGGCUGUUGGGCAGCGGGCGUUGAGGUGUGGAAAACGGAAACCUACGAGCAUUAUGCGAGCUUGCGACCGCGUCCGAUCGAAGGUUCGUCGGGAAACCAGAUCUACACCGGGGUACUGUGUAAUAUGCCGACCUAUCUCAACAAGGUCUUUGUUGGACGAUGUGAUGGGGCCAUCGACAUUUGGAAUCUCCGGACGGGCAAGUUACUUCAUACACUGCUUCCAGCAGCCCCCAAUCCGGGGCCUGUGACUGCCGUCCAUCCGACCCCUGCCUUGUCCCUCAUUGCCGUUGCCCACAAGAGCGGUGCUCUGUCGAUCCAAAAUGUUGAUUCCGGACAGCUGGUCUUGUCCCUGAGAACCCCAUCGUCCCAGGCUCCACCAGUGACAUCGAUUACCUUUCGGAGUGACGGUCUAGGUGCUGGUCAUGAUGGCCGGAAAUCAGGUGUCAUGGCUACCACAGCUAAUGGUAGUGGCGAUAUCACCAUGUGGGACUUGAACGAUGGAGGCCGUGUCGCGGGUAUCCUUCGCGGUGCACACCGCAUCUCUGGUGGGGAAAUGGACCAGGGCGUUAAUCGCAUCGAGUUCUUGGACGGCCAACCCGUUCUGGUAUCAUCGGGGAGCGAUAAUUCUUUGCGCACUUGGAUCUUUGACGAGACUCCAUUCUCGCCAGUUCCCAGACCCCUCCAUAGACGCAGCGGGCACUCCGCUGCGGUCAGUGCUCUGGACUUCUUGCCCGCAUCUUCCGAUGGAUCUGAGUCCGGGGGCAAAUGGCUGCUCAGCGCCAGUAAGGAUUGUAGCCUCUGGGGUCUCAGUCUCCGCAAAGACAGCCAGCAUGCCGAACUCUCUCAAGGCAGUGUGGAACGCAAGGCCAAACAGAUAGGGUCCACGGACAACUCCGACGCCAUGCCAGUUGACAGUCUUAAAGCUCCAGAGGUGACCUGCAUCGCAUGCUCUCUCAAUCGUGACGGUGGAAUGGGCACUGCAACAUCAGGCCCGAUUUGGUCCAACCCCAAGUCUACCAGCACCGAUGCUUCCAAUGCCACUGGUUGGGAAAGCGUCGUCACCGGCCACCGAGGCGACAAGCUCGCGAGGACCUGGUUCUGGGGAAAGAAAAGAGCUGGGCGUUGGACUUUCGAGACUGGCGAUCGCACCGAAGUCAAGAGUGUUGCGAUGUCGCAGUGUGGAACUUUUGCUCUUGUCGGGUCGGCAGGUGGUUGUAUCGAUCUGUUCAACAUGCAGUCCGGGCAAUAUCGACAGAGUUUCCCACCUCGGGCUCUGAAAUCCCGUGGUGUAAAGGUCAAUCCCAGGGCCAGCAAUGCAAAGCAUACUAGAGCGGUGACGGGGUUGAUGAUUGACAGUCUGAACCGAACCGUCGUCAGCUGCAGUCUGGACGGCAAAAUCAAGUUUUGGGAUCUCCUCUCCGGUACAUUAAUUGACGAGUUAGAUUGGCACCCCAUGGCUGCCGUCACUGGUCUCCGGUACAGCAAGGGGAGCGAGCUUGUCGCCUUCAGUUGUGACGACCUUUCGAUCCGCGUGAUUGAUCUUGAAACCCGCAAGCUCGUCCGAGAGUUCUGGGGAUGUGUCGGCCAAGUCAAUGACUUUAUAUUCUCGAAUGACGGGAGGUGGAUGAUCGCGGCUUCCAUGGAUUCGGUGGUCCGAAUCUGGGAUCUGCCCACCGGGCAUCUAAUUGACAUUUUCCGGGUGUCCAGCACCUGUGUCCGGCUCGCCAUGCCAUCUACCGGAGAGUUUCUGGCCACUGCACACGCAGGUGAUAUUGGUGUUAGCUUGUGGAGCAACCGCAGCCUAUUCAUGCCUGUUUCGACCAGAAAUAUUGAAGAAAGCGCUGUCCAGGAUGUCAGCAUCCCCACUACAUCGGGGGAAAGCGGCGCGGGACCUGUUGAAGCUGCCUUUUCCGAUAUUCCCGAGCAGCUCGAAACAGAAGGUCCAGUGUUGGCGACUGAGCAACUUCGCCACGACAUGAUGACACUCAGCCUUGUCCCCAAGAGUCGAUGGCAGGCACUGCUUCAUCUAGACUCCAUCAGGGAACGAAAUCGGCCGAAGGAGGCUCCCAAGGCACCUGAAAAGGCGCCCUUCUUCCUCCCCUCUCUCUUGGGUACAAACAGCUCCGAGCUCGCUAAUGGAAGCAACGAGGCUGCUGAGUUGGGCUCGCUGGCCACCAGCGCGGAGGCAGAGCGUUCCCGGGUUGCCAAGUUGCAGGCCGCUACUCAGACUGGCCACUCAGGCUCUCGCUUCUCGACGCUACUCAAUUCUGGUCGACAAUCUGGCAACUUCGAUCCCUUCAUUGAGCAUCUCAAAGCACUAUCGCCGGCCAAAGCGGACCUGGAGAUCCGCUCAUUGGAUCCUCGGGUGCGCGAUAACCGUUCCGAACUGGUCGAUUUUGUCGUCGGUUUAACUGGGCGCUUGAAGCUCCGACGAGACUUUGAAUUGGUCAAUACCUGGAUGGCCGUAUUUCUCAAGAUCCACGCUGAUACUGUCUCGCUGUGCUCUCACCGAGAUGAGCCUGAGUAUCGCCUUCUGCAGGCGGCUCUGACUUCGUGGACGCAGGAGCAGCGGCAGGAAGGGAAACGACUGGCUGACCUGGUGGGAUACUGUCGCGGCGUGGUGGGCUUCCUGCGGUCCGCCCGUUAA